CUUUGUCCAGAGUAGACGAUACUCAUCAGCCACCAAAAUCAUGGUAAAUUUAAAAUAGCUGUGGCUGGAAAUGACUUUUGGUUAACUUGGCAAGUGACUAAUCAGUUUCUUUAAAGGAGCUGUUUCUUUGCUUCAACAGCAAAACAGCUGACCUUGAGCAUUGAAUCUUGUCCUGAAUACACACAAAGUGUAUUUUCUACUAAAAUCCUCAUUGUGUGUUUUAUACAUACAAGAAUAAUGCCUAAAAUAACAUUUCAUUUAAUCUAAAAUGUUAUCAACCUUUUUUCUGUUGUCAUAUCCAUCAGCCAGGUGACAAGGACCCUCGCCAUUCUGGAGAAGAGUCUGUUUAAUGCAGCGAAUGCAACCUGUAACUUGUUUGCGCUGGGACUCCUGAUUGUGCAGUUGGUGCUAGUGCUUCAUUACCAACGCUAACGCAACCAAUCAGUCCACUCCCAGUUUGUAGGGAUUUCUUUGAGCUCAUACGUGUGAUGUUCCGCCUCAACACUCUGGUCUGAUGGACAGCAUCUCCAAAGCUCCUUUAUCAAGUGCUCGUACUGGGAGGAGGCAAUCCGCUGUCCAACAUCCACUCAGGCUGCUCUUCUUACCACUUCUUCAAACCAGGAGCGCUUCCUAUUUGUAACCUGUUUCUUUAAGUUUGGAGAAAACAACAUAUGGAAGAAGCUCUGCAGUGAUGCCAUGAGGUUGAUCCUGGUUAAACCCACCAACGCAACGCGGCGACUUGACUCAACAGGUGAAGUCUUCCACAACGGGGACCAUGAGCAUUGCACCUCAGGAGGUCCAUCUGCUCCUACAAAGACCCCCGAAGGGAAACGUGAUCGAUACUCUGGAACCUCAGUCGAGGCAUCUUCAUCCCUGCAGGAGACGAGUCUGCACUGCGUUUCAUCCUCGCCCCAUGAAAGAUCUAAUGGAAUCAGUUCUCCAAGAGUUUCAGCCCAGAUGUCACCAUUGAAAACCCAAAACCUAACCUUAUCGCAGCUGAGCGAUCAGGACUGGCUAUUGCUUUGUGGCCAGGUUAGCGGCAUGGAAGAUGAUUCACCCUCAGCAGAAAGAGCAGGGACCAGUGUGGGACAUCCAAACCACAAUGACAGAUGUGGUUGUUCCUGUCCUGAGGCACACCAGCAUUCAGAGGCUUCUACUUUUCAGCCACAGUCAAAACAUGGUACAGUCCAAGACUCCCUCUCCAGAGUUACAAAUAAGAAGAGCCUUUCAUCUUCAGCUCACACCCAAUCUUUCUCUCAAAGCACCCAAGGUUCAACCUCUUGCCAGGUUUUACCACAGCAAACAGACCAAAAAGAUCUUUUGAAGCCUGCAACAAACCAUCUACAGGAUAAUUUCAUGCCUCAGUGCAGUGACCAAGAAGGUCGAAAGGAGCUCUUGCAGCAGCACCCUUGCAAUCAUUUUAAACUAAAAGACAGCAGUCAAGCAACUUAUCCAAAUUUGUUCAACAUUCCUCUAAACUCUGUCGAGUGUGCCGAGACAAAUCUGAAACUUCAUCAGUGGCCUCAGCCUGCCAUCGGUGCAGACCUCAGCUGGAGAGAACUUUUUGGUAAAGAACCACUGUUAGUUCAGCAACGUCCAAAGCAAGACUCUCUCACCGGCAAGUCAUCUGGGGAUCCCUCGAUCAUCCUCAAAUGCCGUCAUCUCCCUUACAACCCUCUAACCAGUACUCCACGGGCGAAGAGGUCAUCUACCAGUGACAAAAGCAUCCAGUCCUUUUCCAUCAGCCAGUAUAGUUCACUUGAGAACCAUGAUUUUGCUGAGGAGAGAGCAAGACAGCGACAAAGUCAGAAAAACUCUCAGCACCUGAGUGGAUCAAAACUCUCCCUCCCCAAACAUACACCUCCACCAUCUGACAACUUAGAAACAAGUGACACAGUUAACGGGGAUGCAGUGCGACCGCUAAGCAGCCAGGGCACUUUAAGAUCCAGUCUUGCUGAUCUUCACUCAGGCCAACAGCCUCUUCAGCUUCUUCACAGUGCCAUCCUUGAGGACGCGUUCUCCAAAGUCAUCAGGGAAGACUCCAGUAAGGCCAACAGUGACAACUUGACCAGGGAGGAAGGCAGCGUACCACAGAAGAAGACUAAGGACAUCAGCUACCGGCUGGGUCAGAGAAGGGCUCUCUUUGGGAAGCGCAAACAAUUGAGCGACUAUGCCUUGGUCUGUGGGAUGUUUGGCAUUAUUGUCAUGGUGAUCGAGACAGAGCUUUCAAGGGGAUUUUACAGCAAGGAAUCUGUAUAUUCAUAUGUACUGAAAGGUCUGAUCAGCCUUUCUACUGCUAUCCUUCUUGUACUCAUUGUGAUGUACCAUGCAAGGGAAAUCCAGCUCUUCAUGGUGGACAACGGGGCAGAUGAUUGGAGAAUAGCUAUGACCUUUGAGCGGAUUCUCUUUGUUGUGUUGGAGCUUCUGGUCUGUGCCAUCCAUCCAAUCCCAGGCCAGUACGUGUUCACCUGGACAGCUCGACUGGCCUUCAGCUACACAGCAUCGGUAGCGGAUGCGGAUGUUGACAUCAUCCUCUCUGUGCCCAUGUUCCUGCGGCUCUACCUGAUUGGACGGGUCAUGCUGCUUCACAGCAAACUGUUCACAGACGCUUCCUCCCGCAGCAUCGGGGCACUCAACAAGAUCAACUUUGACACCCGUUUUGUGAUGAAGACCCUGAUGACCAUUUGCCCCGGCACAGUCCUGCUGGUCUUCAGUGUCUCCUGUUGGAUCAUCGCAGCGUGGACCGUGCGUGUAUGUGAGAGGUAUCAUGAUGCACAGGAGGUAACUAGUACCUUCCUUGGAGCAAUGUGGCUGAUCUCUAUCACCUUCCUGUCCAUCGGUUAUGGAGACAUGGUUCCUCACACCUACUGUGGAAAAGGUGUUUGCCUGUUAACAGGAAUUAUGGGAGCGGGCUGCACAGCGUUAGUUGUUGCUGUUGUUGCAAGGAAGUCAGAACUCACCAGAGCUGAGAAGCAUGUCCAUAAUUUCAUGAUGGAUACUCAACUCUACAAAAAGAUAAAAAACACAGCAGCUAAUGUUUUGAGGGAGACCUGGCUCAUCUAUAAAAACACUAAGCUGGUCAAGAAGAUCGACCGUGCCAGAGUGCGCCACCAUCAGCGUAAAUUCCUGCAAGCCAUUCACCAACUGCGAAGAGUCAAAAUGGAGCAAAGGAAACUAACUGACCAGGCCAAUACAGUCGCUGACCUUGCCAAGACUCAGAACAUGAUGUACGAUCUGGUGUCGGAGCUGCAGCAUCGAAGCGAGGAGCUGGACAGGAGGACUGUAGCUCUGGAGGAGAAACUGGACUCCAUCCUUCUCAGUGUGCAGUCGCUGCCGGUUGUGCUUUCUCAAGCAAUAACAAAGCUACAAAAGGAUUUCCUGGAUGAUUUGGCUUGCCGUGUCCACUUCCUCUCAUCCUCUCUGAGCUCUGAGUGCUGUCCGGUCCCUGCCAGGCAGCUCUGUCCGGGAUCCACCACACCAGAGACCACUUACAGCUGAUAGGCCUUGCUCAGUGGUUUUCCUCUUAGUCUGCAAGCCUUUUGUCAUGCUGGAAAGGAUUUUCUUGACAUGCUCUCUUCUUUUAUUAAGGCUCUGCUAUGCAAUCAUACAAUUACACACAUUCACCCCUGGGAGUUCCAACUACAGUUUUGUGCUGAGCAGCCCCAAUGAGAGGGGAAGUGUUUCAGUCAGGGAACUCUAGAGGAAGGGAAGACCAUCAUUCCUUCAUUUCCUCUGCUUAGAGUUGUUUGUUCAGGGGCCAGAUUUUCACCUGUAAAUACACAAACAUUAGCCUCUUUUGAUUGCACCCCAGGAAACUCUAUACUGUAUGGCAUAUAUUAUUGAGUGUGAUCUUGCUAACCUCAAGGCAAUUAAAAGAAUGUUAAAUGAUAUUAUUUUUAGUUUAGGGGUACUCCCUUUACUCAUUCCUCUUCUUUUUUUGUUUUGUGCCUAUUUAAGAUAUAAUUACUAUAUGGUAUUUAACUGCUUCUAGUGAAUUUUACUAUGUCGGCCUGUUUAUAUAUGUGUAAUAGAAAUAAAGUUUAUUUAUAUUUAAUAACUUGGAAGCAGUAUUUAUAGCCCUGAAACCUUCUUUUGUGUCAUAUGCCUUCGCCUACACAACAUUAGUUUGUGUUUUAAACAUGAUAGGGAUUUCUCAAUUUUUUAAGAAUUUUGUAGCAGACAUGCAGUAUUUUCCUUUAGACCUCUUUUAAUAUAGAGAUAUAGUCCAUUUAUUAAAUCACUGAUAAUAAAGACUUCUUUUCAGAACUCCA